AUGGACUAUACAUCCCUACCCACACCCGACCACUGCGUCGCAGACUUCUGUCUGAUCCCAAUCGGUACCGCGUCGGCUUCAGUCUCGGCCCAAAUCGCCGAUGUCCAGCGACUGAUUGAGCAAUCCGGUGUUAAAUAUGUGAUGCACUCAGCAGGCACUACUUUGGAGGGAUCCUGGGACCGUGUUCAUCAGGUUAUUGGUCAGGCGCAUACAAUGCUCCACCAGCAAGGUGUUGUGCGGAUUCAGACUGAUAUCCGGGCUGGGUCUAGGACGGAUAAGGUACAGUCUCCUGAGGAUAAGGUGAACAAGGUGCUGGAAUUGUUGGGGAAGAAAUAG